AGCCUGUAAAUCCCCCAUUCUAAAUUAUUGUAUUCGUAACGGCAAAAGACCAGAUUAAAAGAGCUCCUGCAUGUGUUUUUAAUGCAUUAAGGCACAGGCGACACGUGACCAACGACGGACCACGACAUCGAUUUGACCAAAGGCCAGGGGAACCCAGCAAAGGAGUUGAACUAGAAAAAAAGAAUUUGAACUAAGGCAGAACGAAAGGGAUCAUGACGGAGAUGGGCCUACUACCGUAUGUGGACAUGGGCAAUCGUGGCGAUGGUGUUCAGUUUAAUGGACUUGCAAACAGGGCCAUCCAUUGGCUGGAGAGGCGUCAGCGAUUGAGAGAUCGUUUGAGAGAACAGGACCGGGCCAGGGAGUUGAGCCGGGAGAGGACGAGGGCUCCGCCCAGUUACGAGCAAACCGGACGCCUAGCAGCCGCGGCCAGAAACGCCAUUCCGGCAGUGCUUCGUCUUGUCAAGGAACUAAAAGUUAUGGAAACCGAUCCGCCGGAGCAUACUUGGGCGCGGCCCAAGUCGAUGAGCAACCUGCUGAGAUGGCGUGCCAAGAUCCGGGGACCCGAUGGCAGUCCCUACGAGGACGGAGUCUUUGAGCUGGCCUUGAGUUUCCCGGAGGCAUAUCCCUUCGAGGCACCCAUUGUACGCUUCAUUACGCCCCUCUACCACUGCAAUGUGAACGGACUGGGCUACAUAUGUGUGGAUGUACUGGACGAGCAUCAGUGCUGGUCGCCAGGACUUACGGUGGACAAGCUGCUUCUAUCGCUGAUGGCACUGUUGACCGAUGCCGAUCCACUGACGCCCUACAAUGUUGAGGCGGCCGCGCAGUUUCUAAAGGAUCGCAAGCGUUACGAUCAGAUCGCUCGCUCCUGGACCGAACGGCAUGCCAUGGAUGUGCCGUGGGAUUGAAUAUUUAGUCUAGUAGGCAGUUACAGUCCCAGUUCCGUAGUCUCCAAGGUGGCGGCGUUUUAUCGAUUGGUCGAGAGUGGAGCCGGAAUAGUUUUGGACAAAGUUUCGAUUGUGUUUCAGAUAGAUUUUUCGCGAAUAAACACGAAGGUGUUGUCUGUA